AUGGUGGCCAAACGCAAGCUCUGCUACAUCCAUGGCCGGGGCAGGAUAGAGUCAAUCUGCUGGCUGCUGGCUGCAGCUGGCGUGGAGUUUGAAGAAGAAUUUCUUGAAACUAGAGAACAAUAUGAGAAGUUGCAGAAGGAUGGAUGCCUGCUUUUCCGCCAGGUGCCUCUGGUUGAAAUUGACGGAAUGGUGCUGACACAGACAAGAGCCAUCCUCAGCUACCUUGCUGCUAAGUACAACUUGCAUGGGAAGGACCUGAAGGAGACACUCAGGAUCUACAUGUAUGCCGAUGGCAUCCUGAACCUUAUGAUGAUGGUGGCGCUGGCUGCGUUCUAACCCCCAGAGGAAACAGAGGAAAACCCGGCUUUAAUCGUGAAGAAAGCUAAAACCCGGCAUUUCCCCGUCUUUGAAAAGGCAUUUAAAACAAGAAUCAGCAACAUCCCUACAAUUAAGAAGUUCCUGCAGCCUGGGAGUCAGAGGAAGCUGCCCCCUGAUAGCCACUAUGUUGAAGUUGUCAGGAACAUUUCACAGUUCUAA